AUGAGAAUCCACUCAAAUUCAACUCUCGCCAAACUCCGAUCUAUUUCAAAACACACAAAUCUGCGGGCUUGGUCGGUUUUCACCGGCGCCGCCUCACCACCGACGACGUCUUCGUCUCUUCCCGAUCGGAAGAAGGGACAUCGUCACAAGGAGUUCCUCGUGGCCACGCACUUAGAGGAGGAAGGCGUUGAGUACUGCCGUAUCUCAACUAGCGACGAAAGGACUUACAAGGUCCGCCAGUUGAAGUUUCCCGACACCGAGCGCAGCACCUUUUUCUAUCCAGAUUCGUAUUGUAAUGAGCUGAUGUUGGCUUCUUCGGCUAGCUACUCUAUGAUGCACGCUGCUCUGUGGAACCCUACUACCGACGAGGUAAUGAGCCUCCCGCCAUCCACCGCCUGGAGGCCGCUGAUUGAGGCUAGUUCUAUCAUUUAUUAUGGUUUGGGUUUUGAUCCCUCAUCCCAAGACUACAAGUCUGAUGUUACUGAUGUAAACCAUACAAUUGUUAGGAUCAUGGGCCUUUUCAACAACGACAAGUUAUUUCUUGGGGACGAGAAAUCUGAGGUGGUGCUUUGGGACUGCACCACAAGAGAGUUGAAGUAUCUACGUAUAUGUGUUGAUCGAUGGUUCUCCAUCAUUGCUCCAUAUGUCGCUAGGCACAUGCCAAUCCGAAGGAAAAACAUUAGCCCGCCUUGUACGCGGAGAGAUGUGGGUCCAAGGUCCUCUGAGGUCAAUUCACCCCACAGAGCCACCACCAAAUAUGUGAUCGACCGUGGCGAAUUCCAGGAUAAAUUAUGUUUCUGUCACUUAAUUGUCGAGCAUCAUCAGAAAAACGGCCUCGUGGGGACACAUAGUCGUCUUGAUUUUACAUUUUUUAAGCAUACUGAUUAUUUUCUUCCCAUUGAUAGCUGCCGCUCGCUCGUGCUCGUGUCUACUACUAAUAAGGAGAGUGACCUGCAGUGCGCUCUAUGGAACCCGACAACUAACGAGGUCAAACCCCUUCCAGAAUCUUCCGUACCCCUCCCGCCUUACACAGCAUGCACCGAAAUCAAUUCCCAUGCAUUCGGAUUCGACCCGGUUUUUCUGGACUACAAGGUGGUGCGUCUUCUUGAGUUCUACGAUGAAGACCAUGAUGAGGUUCGCGACUACUUCCGAGCGGAAAUCUACUCAUUGAAGAAUGAUUCUUGGAAGGAAAUCGCUCGUCCUUCUCGUCUCCUGGUGUCCGGCUUAUCUCAUGGGUCCCUGGCUUCUCUUGUGUAUAGAACCCCGGAUUUUUUGGUGACCGCCGAGAGGCCUUUUGAGUUUGAAGUUUGGGUUUGGAAUGACGAUGGGUCAUGGACUCGAGUCGUGUCUCAAAUCAUCACUGGUGCUGCUGUGGACGAUGUACUCGGCAUCUUCAAUAAUGACAAGUUGUUUCUGCGUGACAUGAAGGGUGAUGUGCUUGUGUUUGACCUUCUGACAUCUGAGUUGACCAAUAUUGGUUCUGGUGUUGAGCCUCGUGAAUGCAAAUGGAUUUAUCCUUAUGUCGAGAGCGAGGAGUCAAUCGGAACCUACCUGCCAUGA